AUGUAUUCUAAGACUUUCUUUGUUGCAGCGGUCCUUUCGGGACUUGUCGUUUCGGGCCCCUUGCCCGGCUCUUCCGAGCUGCAGUCGAGAGAACCCGGAAAGAAUGUUGCCAUCACCGAUGCUGAAUGGGCGCGACUCAAGGGUGCAGGCCUCAAAGCUCGCGAAUCGUCCGCGCUGGCCGGUCGCACCCCAGCCUCAAAGCACAAUGUGCCCAUCACUGAUGACGAGUACGAAGCACUGAAAGCCGGCGGCCUAAUGGCACGAGAUGACAACGAGAGCGGGCUUCAAGCGCGCGACAAGGUCAUGAACUGCGGCCACUUGGUCACUGGCGAAGGCGGCAGCAAUGGCCACGGCAAGUGGAUUCCAGUCGGUGCUUUCGGCGAGGCAGUAUCGACUUUCUGUAACGCGUAUGUCGGCACAGACAUUGAAAAGGGACACGAGACAUCAGAUACCUACCCCAUCAAGCUCACUAACCAGAAGAAUGACAAGAUCAAUGGCCCAGACGGAAAGCUCACAUUUGCCAUCUACAAUACAGAGAAGAGUGGUACAUAUGCAGUAGACUAUGCCACCUGUGCCAGGGCUAUGAAGGCACCUCUAGGAAACCACAUAUCCAAGAGAGGUGAGGAUGGGGAGGAAUAUGUCUACCUCGGCAAGCGAGACAACUGCUACGGAAAGAAGCACAAGGACUACGAGGGAGGCUACUACAAGGUCGAUGGUAUUGGAGCAUUUGGAUCUGAGGUCUAUGCGGCCUAA